AUGGCUAAACUUGCUCUAUUCCUUCUUUGCGUGACUCUUGCUGUUGUCCAGCUAUUUGCUGGUGAUAUAGAUGUUAUCCACCACCAAACUUACCAUGGUCUUGAUGGUGUGAGUGCCCGAUACUAUCGACUCUAUCACCCUUAUUCUGGACAUGGGGGCUAUGGCCACCCUGGAUAUGGAUACGGUGGGGGCUACGGCCACCCUGGAUAUGGAUACGGUGGAGGCUACGGCCACCCUGGAUAUGGAUACGGUGGUGGCUACGGUUAUCCAGUGUAUGAUGGUUAUGGGCAUGGUGGUUAUGGAUAUGGAUACCAUUAG